UGCAACAGCCGGUGUAUUCGCGCGCCCCUUUGUCUUUAUUUACGCGAACAUGUUUUUUAUUUCACUUUCAAUGUUUUCCAAUCGUAGCGUUUAGAUACAUGACAGGUUAGACAAAAGCAUGUGUUAAGGUCGGGUCACAACAAAAAAGCGAUAUUCCCAAACGCACAUGAAGGCCUCUUGACUUCAGAGCAGAGACGGAGAGAAGGAAACACGCCACCGACUCUCCACGCAGGGACCCCCCACCAGUACUACCUUCAUGUAGCCGCUCGGUUUACCAACUCCUGGGCUGUGUGGGGGAUGCGUGAUUGCAUUCUGUGAGCCGGAGGCACGAGCUUCUGACCAAUGAUGGGAAACCUGCUGUUCUGCCCUUGGGCUCCACUGAGAUGACCCCAGGUGAAAUGUGGAUGACGGUUUGAGCCAGGGGAAUUCAACAUUGGGGCCAAGAUAUCCUCCCACCGAGCCAAAAAGAAUCCUGUUCUAGUUCACCCACACACACCCACACACACUUCCAAUCAGCCGAAGCAAUGGCGAUGCCAGGACCACUGUUGGCGUGCCUGUGUCUGAUGUGGGUGGGAAGCUGCAGUGCCCACAGCCUUUUUACCUGCGAGCCCAUCAGAGUGCAUCGCUGCCUGGGGUUGCCCUACAACAUGACCUUCUUUCCCAACAUGAUGGAGCACUACGACCAGGAUAUUGCAGAAGCUAAGAUGGAGCCGUUCAUGCCCCUAGUAGGGAUGAAAUGCUCUCCAGACGUCCACCACUUCCUGUGCCAAGCCUUUGUCCCAGCAUGCACCGGGGACAACAGGGUGAUCCGUCCAUGCAGAGAGCGGUGCGAGUCCGUCUUGUCGGACUGCAAGGAGGUCAUCCGGGUCUUUGACAUCACCUGGCCCCCCGAGCUACAGUGUGACAGAUUGGAGCCAUGUGGCUCUCCCGGCGGUCCGACGCUCCCCGCGACCACCGCCAUGAGCUCCUCCUCGGCAAAGCGGGACCUGGGCUUCUGGUGCCCGCUGCAGCUGAAGACCAAACCGGGCUACGGCUCGUCUUUCCUGGGCGCCCAGGGCUGCGCUCCGCCUUGCUCCAACAUGUACUUCAAGCCCCACGACAUCGAAUUUGCCAAAAACUUCAUCGGCGUGUGCUCCGUCAUCUGCUUGGGCGCCACGCUCUUCACCUUCCUCACGUUCCUCAUCGACGUCAAGCGCUUCCGCUACCCGGAGCGGCCCAUCAUCUUCUACGCCGUCUGCUACAGCUUUGUGUCGCUCAUUUACUUCGUGGGCUUCCUGCUGGGGAACAACGCGGCGUGCACCGGAGCGGCUCUCCCCGCCGGCGUGGACACGGUGGUGCUGGGCUCUCAGAGUAAAGGCUGCACUCUGCUGUUCAUGCUGCUCUACUUCUUCUCCAUCGCCGGCAUCGUCUGGUGGGUCAUACUCACCAUCACCUGGUUCCUGGCAGCGGGGCCCAAGUGGAGCUGUGAGGCCAUAGAAAAGAAAGCGGUGUGGUUCCACUCUGCGGCGUGGGGGAUCCCCGGGGCGCUGACCGUCAUGCUGCUGGCUCUCAACAAGGUGGAAGGGGACAACAUCAGCGGAGUGUGCUUCGUGGGGCUCUAUGACCUGGACGCCCUGCGCUACUUCGUCCUGGCGCCUCUGUGCGUGGGCGUGGUGGUGGGCCUCUUCCUCAUCCUGGCGGGCAUCGUCUCCCUCAACCACGUGCGGCAGGUGAUCCAGCACGACGAGCGCAACCAGGAGAAGCUGAAGAAGUUCAUGAUCCGCAUCGGCGUGUUCAGCUGCCUCUACCUGGUCCCGCUGGUCACCCUGUUGGCCUGCUACACCUACGAGCAGAGCCACCGCAGCAGCUGGGAGAACACCUGGAUCCACGACCGCUGCCAGGAGUACAGCAUCCCCUGCCCCUACAAGACUCAAGAGCACGACCGCCCCGACCUCUCCCUGUUUCUGGUGAAGUACCUGAUGACGCUGGUGGUCGGGAUAUCUGCCUCCUUCUGGGUCAGCAGUAAAAAAACCUGCUCUGAGUGGGCCUACUUCUUCAACAGGACCCGCAAGAGAGACCCCAUCACCGAGAGCCGCCGGGUGCUGCAGGAGUCCUGCGAGUUCUUCCUCAAGCACAACAGCCGCGUCCAGCACAAGAAGCAGCACUACAAGCCGAGCUCCCACAAGCUCAAGGUCAUCUCCAAGUCCAUGGGCACCAGCACCGGCGCCGUGCCCACCAACGCGCCCUCCGCUGCGGCCGCGCCGGGCAACCACGAGCCCCGCGGGCACGGCUCCCUGUCUGAGGCCUCGGCGAGGGAGCACCUGGACAGGGGCACCUCCAGCCGGAGCUCCAGGAGGGGGGACAGGGAGAGGGACGGGGGGGAGAGACGCAGCAAAGGGGGGAGCUCCUGUAAGAUCAGCAGCCGCUCCGAGAGCGUGCACAGAGUCCCGGACGGGAGGAUGACUCCGCGCAGCGAGUUUUCCGAGGCCCGGCACGGCCCCGGUGCACAGCAGCACCCGGCUUUGAAACCGUCGCACAGCGCCGCCGAGGAUCCCGCCCGCCCACGGGCGCACCCGAUGCCCGAAGACAGCAAGGAUGCAAAGGACAGCGCCUGCUAAGACGUCCCAGAUGUGUCCGUCCUUGACUGCCCCCUCUCGUCUCACGUGCCUGUGCGUGAUGGCGUUGGCUGCAUCACAGUCAGCGAAUGAUCCCUGCCAGCAUAUUGUCACAUACCUCGAGUAUUUAAAAUGUGGUGUGCUUGGACCAUAAUGUGGGUUCAAAGCAGAGGGUUAGUAUAUUUAUAGUGGUUGUGCCCUUUAGCUUUACUGAGCUUUUGGACCCAUUGCUAUAUAACGAAAUGUUGCAGCAGCUCAGCUGUGAUCCACCCAAACAACUACCAACAUGAUGGCGGGGAUUCAAACUUUAGGUCAACUGUUUCUUGUAGUUGUAGUGCAAUGACAUAGGACACAUCUUAGAGAAUACAAUGAUUAUGUAAAUAUUCUAUUUUGUUUUUAGAAGCCGAGUCUCUCACUGGACUAGUCGCUACACUGAGAGUUGUGCUAAAAGUCAUGAUAUUGCCAAACGUACUACUUAAAGAAAAGACUUCCUGGGGUAAAACCAUUUUUAAAUGUCUUAUUGUUUUUUCUACAACCUCAUCUGGUGAUACAUGCAAUGCUUCUUAACUGCUCCUUUUGACAAAGGCGUAAUCUUAAACAUGACUUGGUUUUCAAACAAUGUUGAAUUUUCAUGUUUUCUUUCAAAGAGCGUACUUUCACUUGUGUUUUUUUUGUGUUCGAAUGGUUUCUACAGCAACAACCACUUACUUAUGGUGCUGACGUGUCUCUUUUUUAAAGAAGUGAAUUUGGCUAAAGUAUAGCUUUAAAGUUUUCCACCAGAAUGUGUUUUCCUAUGAGUAGCUCCUUACCUUCAAAGGACUUCAAAGAAGCUACAGAUGUUGGGCACAUGGGAUGCGUGUGUGCGUGUGUGUGUGUGUGUGUGUGUGUGUGUGUGUGUGUGUGUGUGUGUGUGUGUGUGUGUGUGUGUGUGUGUGUGUGUGUGUGUGUGUGUGUGUGUGUGUGUGUGUGUGCGCGUGUGCGCGUGCGUGCAUGGGUGCGCAUUCAUAUGAUUUAGGAUCCAAUUGAGGAAACAAAUGAAACAGGCUUUGCACUAUUUGUUAAAGAAGCACAAACCACUAAUGAUUAUUAAAUAUUCACAGACAGAAAAAAGGAGAGAAAUUGUGGCUUUGUUCAGGACUUUUUCAUAGCAUAUGGUCACGGAUCAUAAUUUCCUCCUUAAAGUGCUUCCAGAUCACCUUCUGGGAUUUGUCCCAACGUGCUGUGAUCGUCUAAAGGAUGUAUUCUUCAUUUGAGGUUCUGUGCCUUUUUAUAUUUGGGAGAACUAAAGGGAGCUCUCUUCACCCUUUGCUGUUCCACCUGGAUAUUCUUAUUCUGCCAUGUGGAGGAUUGUGUAGUGUAGUCUAUGAAAUGCUCUAUACGUUUUUUGAGCCAUUUUUACUGUUUAUUUUUUACGUAGCCUCAUCAUGUCAGCUGUAUUUUGUAUCAAUCCAAUUUAAUUUUAAUAAAACAAAUCAUUA